GGUUGCUGCAAAUCGCUCGUCAAAAAAAAAAAACCAAGUACUGUACAAUACUCGCUGAGCACAGUCAAUUACUCACUUCAUUCACCGCCUUCUUCUUUGCUCACUGCCAGAUAAUUCAAAACUGUCCCAUCCACCUUUCAAUUAUAUACUCUCUCGAACCCACAUUCGUUUUGACUCGAAUCCGGACUGGUUGCAUUCUCAUAUAACAUACGAGAAGUAAGAUAUUCUAUGAUAUAAUCACUCAUUUGAUAUUUCGGGUUUCCAAAGGACAAAUGAGAGAGCAAUAUAUGUAUUCCUCACUCAAUUGAACCUCAACAAUUGUUUAACCACCAAUUCAAAAUUUACGUUUCUUCCUCUCUACUUGUUUCAAGUCGCCAUGAACUCUACUUCUCCAAUCGAUACGAUUGAAGAUGGGACAAACGAAGCUGCGUCAGAGUGGGCACAUCAAAAUGGAGACUCUGUUAUUCAUAUAGAGAAGAAACUGGAUAAUUCAACGGAAUUUCCAGCUCGUCCAAUGAUGGGCAAAAGAAAGGCCAAAAGGAAAGAUGAUAGUCCCCUGGAUAUCAUUUGCAAAUUUGUUGUGGACCAUCAAACUGGACUAUCUGUCAAUCUUUUGAUGCUCCUUUCCUUAACGCACAUGUGCUUUCCAAGAGCCCGCAGACAUACUCGCAAAUUCUUCGAGCUUUCCUACUACAAUCCAGAAUCUGGCGAGUAUUGCGCCGGUUGGAAUGAUGCUUGGUUAGUGUUCUAUUGGAUUGUUAUCUUCACAGGACUUCGCGCUGCUUUCAUGGAUUAUGUAUUAAGACCAUUGGCAAGAAAGGGUGGGGUGAAGAACGCGAGGGAUGAGACGAGAUUUGCUGAGCAGGCUUGGCUUAUGAUCUAUUAUUCUGUGUUCUGGACACUGGGAAUGUAUAUAUACGUCAACUCAGACUACUGGUGGAAUUUGAGCGAGCUAUGGACUAAUUGGCCUAAUCGAGAGGUUGGUGGGCUUCGAAAAUGGUAUAUCCUCGUCCAAUAUGCCUUCUGGCUUCAGCAGAUUAUUGUCAUCAAUAUCGAGGCACGUCGAAAGGAUCAUUGGCAAAUGUUUGCUCACCAUAUCGUUACAACUGCGUUGAUUUUCACAAGUUAUGGUUAUCAUCAAACGAAAGUUGCAAAUGUAAUUCUUUGUUUGAUGGACGUAGUAGAUCUUUUCUUUCCAGUUGCAAAAUGUCUCAAAUACCUCGGAUACGAUAGAUUAUGCGAUUUGAUGUUCGGACUUUUCAUGCUCUCGUGGGUAACAGCCCGUCAUGCUUUCUAUCUUAUCAUUUGCUAUUCGGUUUGGGCGGAUAUUCCAAGGGUGAUCAAUUAUGGUUGUUACCAGGGUAAAAACGGUUCUAUCUCAGGUCCUUUCCCGCCUCCUGAUCGCUUUGGACACCUCUUCAAGCCAUUUCAAGAUCCAGUCGGAGUUGUUUGUUGGAAUAAUAACAUUAAAUGGGGCUUCCUUAGUGCCUUGCUUUUCCUUCAAGGUAUCACACUAAUGUGGUUCUGGAUGAUUGUUCAAGUUGCUAUCAAAGUCAUCAGAGGUGGCCAAGCAGAUGAUACACGAAGUGACAACGAAGAGGAAGAAGAGGAAGAUAUCGAUUUGGAUGAGGAACCCUUUCCCGAGGAAGUUCCUCUGUUAGAAAAAGAGCCAUAUGAGGAAGAAGUCGGCGUCGAAGAAUUGAAUUUGGAGAAAAGAACAUCGAAAAAUAGUCGAUACAAGAAGACUACGAGCAGUGCAAGUGGCGUAAGCAUCCCAGGACACAGCGAUAGAAAGGAAUUGCUGGGAAGGAUUGGUUGUGAUAAAGGCGUUUAGAAAAUAUGCUAGGGUUCCGAUACGUGAUUUUUCCUGCUCCCGAUGUAUGGGUAACAAGAGCAUGAUGAAUUGGGGAGCGAGGAAUGUCAUUUUUUUCUUGCUUCUUAUUCGUGGUAUAUGACAUGGGAUUUCUUAUUUUUGCAAAGAUAUCGGGAGAUACCGGCUGGCUUUUGGAGAGUUAUGAUGAUAAAACAUACCCGUUUCCUAUUUUAUGAAAAGUUGAACGAAGGAAAGGAAAGAUUCCAAUCGAAUUUCCAUUUCAAGGAGUUGCAUAUCAUUCGAAGACUUCAUGGUGAUGAUCUGGUUUUGAAAGUGGCGAAGGGAGGGACUAUUGUAUCUAUGUGUUUAUGUAUGUGGAUUAGAUGUGAAUGAAAAGAUUAUGCCCAGCUUUGGACAGAGCUUUGGUGUUUUGAAACACCGAUGGUUGGAUGUGACAUUAGGGCCAAUAUUUCUGAUGCCUGAUGGGAGAAGAAGCAGAUGUAUUAGUAUGAAUGAUACAGAUUAGUUUUGCGAAGAGCACGAAUGUUGAGUUAGUCGAAGUGGGAUUGGGUAAAGUGUACA